AUUUAUAUAUUAAUUGUGGUGGUAAAUUUUAUCCAACUAGAUAAGGCCUUGAGUUUUUGCUGAAGUAGUUUAAACAUAAAUAUAGAAGGAAAUCCGCGGGAGACCUUAUCCCGUAGACAAAACUCUCACGAUUUCUGCAGUCUCAAAUGACAAAAGAUGCUUUGCGAAGUGGGCCACGUUAGCAUGAUUAAAACAUACUAUUAACAACUAAUCCGACCUGACUCGUCACCAGAGCGAAGUUGAAUCAUGUAGAGAUUGCACAGUAACAUGCUCGUAAUGCCAUUUAAAACCUAGACCGACUUAGUGAAGGAUAGUCAAUUCCCUCAAUUUGAUACGAAUAAGCGGUAAUACCAUAAUUGUUAGUAAAAUAUUUUUUCAGUGACGACAUAUGUUUUCCUAAAAAGCUAAAUUUGCUGAUACAUCGUCUGAUGCAUUGCGUGAUCGCUUUAAAUAUAUUUACUUUUUGAUUGCAACAUUUGACGUCAUUUAACGAUUACAUAAGCACGAGUAUAAGAAUCUUUCAUCAGAAAAGCAGGAUAAAGGCCUUUCUGGGUUAAACCAUGGUUGUCAAAGUCGACGGAAAGUUAGAAACAAAAUUCGUCGACGGACUAGAUGAGAGGCUCAAAUGCCCGAUCUGCAAAAGCAUUUUCGAUGAGCCCUGGCAAACGUCAUGCGGACAUCGCUUUUGUGGAAACUGUCUGGAACUCCUUUUAGGGUAUGUAUAGAGUAUAUUUUUUAACCCUUUUCCGCCGAAAAUUAGGUAGGUUGAGAAAAAAUUAAAUAUCUUCACCCUUAAAUCAUCUAUCUGUUGUGGUGGUAGAGGUUUCUACCAGCAAUUAAGAAGUUUGACGAAUAGAAGGAACCCAGCCAACCCAAACUAACAUAACAUAUGUUGUUAAAGAAGCAUAAAACGAUCCUACGGACCUUUAUAGAUCUAAAAUUUCCCGCUCAGCUGCGCUGGGUGCAUAGUAUGGAAUGAUAGUUCGUGACAUUUGAGAACCUCGACCACCUGGCGGUCACUCAGCUACUGCGUGAUAUCAAAAAUCUCCCUCAUGGAGUCGAAUGGGCCCAUUUCCGUGUUGACUUAAAUCCGACAACUUUGUCGGCUCAAUAAGGAAAUGUCAAGCUAAUUUCUUUGAUUAUUUAAAUUCCAAAAUGAGUGUUAAAUAUGUUUCAAAUGUUUUCGACUGAAUAACCUUAAAUGUACUUUAUUCCAGAUCAGAAAACGCUAGAUGUCCGAUAGACAAUGAGCCACUUUCAAGGGGGCAGUCUUUCAGGGAUAAAUGCUGUGAAAGAGAAGUUCUUAGUGUCCAGUGUUUCUGCCAAUUUAAUGACAAAGGGUGUGAAUGGAAAGGAGAGCUCAGACAACUGGAGGUAUUAAGCGUACCAAGCUGCCUAGGCAAUGAGUGUCGCAAUAUAGGUCUUCCUGCCUUCGACAUUUUCUUCUUAUGACUAGCCUGAGGUUUGGAAUCCACCUAUUUGAGGUGAAGUAUUACGCAAAGGUCACACGUAACUUCAAAACUUAGGGGUUAGAUUUAAAGCGGUAAAUCUAUGAUAUUCAGAUGCAAAGAGUAACGUGACCUCGCCAAAAAUCUAAAGGUUUAAUAGCCUGCAGGCUUGUGACUGUAAACCAGCGGGGAAAAUAAAAAACGAUCAGGAGGCACAGGAGUCAAUAGGAGUCAGUUCCUCAAUGUUCCACACUCUUUGUUUCAACAGUUACACAAUUUUAGCUGUCAGUACGGUGAUGUGAAAUGUCAAGCUUGUAAUGAAACUGUGGAGAGAAGAUACCUCAAGGUGCACAAGAAUCGUGAUUGCAUCAACAGGCAUGAGGCGUGUACUUACUGUGGUGGUGAAGUUCUGCAUAGAAAAAUGAAGGUACAAUUAUUAUUACCGUGGAAAAUACAAAACAUAAACAAGAUGCAAAAUCACCAUAUUCAAUAAACCAGGGGAUAAACUCUGACACGCUGCUAGACGUUUGUCGAUACUGACACAAGGUCCGAACACAACUACUUACUUUGAUAACAAACUCUCAGAUUCUCGCACGUCACUUCGGUUACUUCAUUUGGCAAUAUGCAUGAUUGCUGCAAAACAGUUCAGUUUCGUAUGGAAGUAGCUACAUUAACGAUCUCGUAUUAAAGCUCAACUUGAACUCAACUUGUAUUUUAUGUCUUUUGAAGGAACAUUUGAAUGUCUGCGUUAAGUUUCCAAUCGGCUGCAUCCUUAACUGUGGUGAGAAAUGUAUUCCAAGAGACAUGAUGGAGGAACACUUGACUGCACGUUGUCUUAAGGCAGAACAUAUGUGUCCUUUCAGUGUUCAUGGCUGUGCAUUUCAGGUUAGUGGAUAAAUUCGUCUAUCUGGUUUAUCUUGUUGGAGAUAUUUUGCGUAUGAGAUGCUGAAAAUAACGGGGGUGGGAGUUUCUAAAAGAUACAGUGAGCCGAAAUUUGUACUUUACAAAGGCAAAAAGGAUUUAUUAUUAUUACUAUUAUUAAUACUGAGAGAAAAAAAACAUUAAAUAGUAAAAAAGGGGAAACUAUCGCCUGUUGGAAAAGAAAAUAAUCCUAAAAUUUCAGAGCAAACACUUGUCUACGAGCGGAAAAAAACUUAUCGAAAUUGCAGAUAAACAUCAGCAUAUGUGAGUUAAAUUGUCAAGAUCGUAAUCUCAAAUAUACUGAGACCAUUGUCGUGAUCUAAAUCGACCGAAUCUGAUUAUCGGAUGGCUUGUAAAACAAAAAAUAAGAAUUAUUUGUAUACUCUCAACAGGGCUCUAAACAAAUAAUCGAUCAACACGUUGCCGACGAUAUUGAGUCUCACCUGGAAAUGAUGAACCAUUCCAGUCAUAAAUGUGGCGAGAAAACAAAACAAAUGGAAGAAAAGAUAUGUCGUCUAGAAAGAGAAAAAAGUGCUUUGGAACAUCAACUACAAAAUCAAGAAGAACAGGUAGCAACUACAAGAAAAAACAUAAAAACGCAGCAGACAAAAUUGUCCCACGUAGAAAAUUCCAUAAUCGAACAAAAGAGAGCAACUGAGAAACUGCUUGCUGAUUUGAAGCUUGCUGAAGCAACCAGAACUAACGGGGCUAUUACCUCAUCUCAAAUUGAGGAAAUAAUUAACACGCUUCGGGAACAUGGGAUGGAGGUGCGCAGUCUACAGGGUGAAGUGGCCCGUUUGAAAUUGUCUCCUGCCGCUCCUAAAGGUGCGAGUGAUUACCGACCCAAAUCCGGUCUGUCUCUCGCUAGUGAGUAUGAGCGCCGACUAGACAGGAAUGAGCAUCAACUGGCAUUACAUGACAUUCAACUGUCCGAGCAAGAUAUGCAGAUUCAAAUGCUGGAAGCUACGUCAUAUAAUGGCACCUACAUAUGGAAGAUCGACCGCUACAGCCUUCGCUUCCAAGAGGCUGUCGCUGGGAAGACUCUAUCUAUAUACAGCCCCCCUUUCUAUGUAGGACGAUUUGGGUAUAAAGUUUGUGCUCGUCUCUACCCCAAUGGAGACGGAAUCGGAAACGGAACGCAUAUGUCACUGUUCUUUGUUGUUAUGAGGGGUGAAUACGAUGCUUUAUUACCUUGGCCGUUUCUCCUAAAGGUCCACUUUCGACUGACAGACCAAGAAAGGAUCCGGGACGCGUAUGAUGCGUUUCGCCCUGAGCCUAACAGCUCAAGCUUUAAAAGACCCACAUCAGACAUGAACAUAGCAUCUGGCUGCCCGACGUUUAUUUCUCAUAUGGAACUGAGGCAAGGUGGCUAUAUACGGAACGAUACAAUGUUUAUCAAAAUAACAGUCGAUACCUGUGGUCUGCAAGGAGAUGUGUGGCAAUAAUAUGUUUGCCUGAUGUAGCAUUCCAUAUCUUACAGGGAGUCUGGAGCAGGAAAAAUCCCAGAAAAUUAAUAUUUGAAUUGUGAGGAGAGUGUUUCCUACAAUAACCAGCCUAUUUACGUUAUACCUUUGAUCAAGUUAUCUAAAUCUAGUGCAAGGUUUGCACUACGCGUUUUUGUUGCUAUUCAAAUACUCCUCCUUCGAAUUUUGUUCUCUCAACUCUCAAAUACCAGGCUCACGUGACAUCUAUGAUGUAUUUUAGUAUGUUUUAGUUGACCAUCACACAACUUUGCCUUUUAAAAGUUAAGGAUAGUACAUUAUAAAAGCUUCAAGAUAGAAAAUUUCAGUAAGUUCGACGACGAAUGCAAAAUGGCUCAAAUAUGUCCAUAGGAAGCUAUCACAAACUAUAGGACAUCUAUUUUCAAUGAUUUGUAACCUCUCUUUCGUAACCUAACUUUUAAAAUAAUGAUGUUUCGUUCAUUGCUGAAGCUGUGGUUGAAAACAUUCAUUUAGUUCAAUGAACGAAUAAACAUAGCUUAGGCAGGUCCACAAAAUAUAUAUUAAAACUGAAUUCCUAAGACAUAAGACAGUGUAUUGAAAUACAGAAACAAAAUUGAAGGAAGCAGAGUAAAUUAUUUUCACCUUAAAAUAUUUAAAACAUUAUUGAUCAUGACAGAAGCCAAAAUGACAUAUUUUUGUAUGGGGAAAUGAGGGAUUAUCGGAUUUCAAACCAUUUUCAUUACCGAAGAAGGUCGAAAUUUCCAAAAGAAUAUUUAAUGUGGAGAUAUAAAAGCAUGUUUUAUUUAAUGCAAAAGAAUUAAUUUGAAUUAAGAUACCAAAUUGAUUGCAAAAAAAUAGUUUUUUAACAUUAAACACCAUGAGUUAAUAUAAUUAUGGCAGAGGCAAAUUUAGCAUUAUUUAUAAAUUCAUCACUCCUGUGGGAUGCUGGUCAUCGAAAUAUAAAUAUAUCAUUUUGG